AUGCAACAGAUGAUGACCGCUCAAGCGCAGCUGAUGCAAAUGAUGACACAGUUUAUGGCCAACAACAACAACAACAAUCCACCGCAGCAAGACCGUUUGACUCGCUUUUUGAGGUUGAACCCCCCAACCUUUUCAAGCACUUCUGAGCCUAUCGCGGCUGAUGAUUGGCUCCGUACUACCAACAAGAAGCUGGAUACUGUCCAAGCCCAGGGAGCUGAGAGAGUGCGAUUGGCUGCACAUCAACUGGAAGGAGCCUUCCGUACUGCCCAUGUUGCUGCUGGAGCCAUGACACUGAAGAGGCGUGAGUUUCGCGACCUACGCGAAGGAACACGCACUGUGAGCGAGUAUGGUGAUCUCUUCAACAAGUUGGCUCGUUACGCUCCUGAUGAUGUGGCUACUGAUGCUAAGAGGCAGGAUGAGUUCAUGAGAGGGCUCAAUGAUGAAAUAUCCAUCCAACUUGUAGCCAUAAGGUUCAACAGCUAUCAAGAGUUGUUGGAUAGGGCCGUUGUUGUGGAGUCGAAACACAAGAGCAUGGAGAACCGCAAGAGAAAGCACAACCAUAAUGGUUACAACCAGGGGCCGCCACAAAGGACUCGCACCUUCCAUGAUGGCAAUGGCCAUAACUCUGGACACCACAGGAAUGGAGGCAAUGGCCAUAACUUCCGCGGGAGUAAUGGACAUCAGCACAAUGGAGGGGAUGGCCAACGCCGUAAUGGUAAUGGAGGAAACAAUCAUGCCAGAGGACUUGGAAAUAACUCUGGAGGAAACGGUCAUAAUCGCAAUGGCAAUCACAAUGGAAAGAAAGAUAUCAGCCUGGUUGAGUGCUACAAGUGCAGGAAAUUGGGACAUUACGCCGACAACUGCCCGGAGAACAAGGUUGAUGGUGGCACCAAGCCAAACUCGAACCAGAAGGCAACCGUGCACCAUGUGAACGUGGAGGAGGUGCAGGACGAGCCAGAUCUGGUAACUGGUAAGUUCUUGAUUAAUUCUUGCAUUGCACUUGUUCUUUUCGACACUGGUGCAUCGCAUUCAUUCAUAUCAAGGGCUUUCGUGGAUAAGAAUAGGUUACCUACUGAGUACCUUAGAGGUUCCAUUAGAGUAUGCUCCCCUGGAGGAGAAAUGAUAGCAAGUGCGGGGUGUCGCAAUUUUGUCCUAGAAAUUGGGGCAUAUGGGUUUUCUGUCAACUUAAUUGUGUUGGAUUCACAAGGCUUAGAUGUGAUUCUGGGCAUGGAUUGGAUGUCUAAGCAUGAGGGCCAGAUAGACUGUGCACAACGAUCUAUUAUGCUUAGAACUCCGGAAGGAAAGAGGAUCAGGUAUAGAUCACUGGCUAAGUUUGGGAGAGCCAAGUUGAAUUCUCUUAAGGGGGUUAGCUUGGAUGAGGUACGUAUAGUGAGAGAGUACCCCGAUGUAUUCCCAGAAGAGUUACCAGGAAUGCCACCGGACCGAGAUGUGGAGUUUCUCAUUGAUUUGAUGCCUGGAACGGGACCCAUAGCAAAGAGGCCAUACAAGAUGGACGUUGAAGAGUUGAAGGAGCUCAAGAAAUGUAAGCCCCAGGAGUAG